UUACGUAGCAACUUCACAAUACCAAGUAAAUAUAACUGCAUUUCAAGUAAACUUAAUAAGAUAUAAAGUUAACCUAAAUUAAGACUAUUUAUGGACAUUUUUCAAGGCAAUCAGUCCUGAAAGCUCUUUUUUUUAAGUAAAAUGAACUUGUCAAAUUUUAAAGUGUGCAUGUUAAGAAUCACAGGUUUGUUCAACAUCUGUUAAUGCCUUUUUUUCUGACACAUAUCUGUUAAUCGACAACAUUUCAUCCCCCUCAGAACUUUGCUCUACUUUCGCCUUAAUGUCAUCCACUUCAACUAUCUUCACCCCAACCCAAACAUAUACACAGGUUCAAUCCACCCACGCGUCCGCACUGUGACUCGGUCACUUAGUGGACUUUUGACGUCAUUCCCACCAGCAGCUCCGUCCGAAGGUCCCUGUGGACAUAACAUAACCUCUCAUAUCCCGUAACACAGCAUUCUUCCCCAGGUCCUGUUCCCAGGAAAAAAACGUCUGUGAGUGGGUAGGCCGCACAUUCCUCUUGUGGCUUUGCACUGCUCUGUCUUUCGCUUCUCCUUCUUCCUCUCUCUGUUUCUUAUGCUUUUCCAAGGCAUUCCAGAUGUGGGUUAGCGUGGGUCUCUUACAGUUGUUCUCUACCUCUGGCUACACAUGAUAACAUCAGCCAGUGUUGUACUGUUCCACUGUCUCCUGGCUUAGUCCUUCACUUCUUCCCUUUUACUUUUCCAUUUGACAAGACAGACUUUAUGACAGCCACUGCUGCUCUGGGAUCUCUACCCUCCAGGAUACUGAGAUUACUCUGACAUUGUGGCUUUAAAAUGAGCUUGAUUGUUUUUUGGAUAAGCUUUUGAGGAAGCAGACAGUCCAAGGGUGAGACAGACAAAGCUGGCUGGAUUCCUGUUCCUUGAGUGGAAAGAUAAAAAGUGUUUGGCUGCUGUAGAAUCUGUUUGAUUGUUAAAAUAUAGUCGGCUAAGGCAGGCUGGAUGCAGGGAAGUUAAUAAUCACUUGUGGAUUACCAUGCUUUUAACUGCUGCAUACACUUAAUAGACUGUUGCAGGCACUUGCAACAUUUCCAGCAGGGGAGUAAAACCAUUACCGCAAAUUUUCUCUGCCUUGUUGUGUCCACGUGUUGUUUAUUUUGUUGUCUGGCCUUGCUGAUUUCAGGUGAAAGUUACAUCACUGCCAUCUGGAAAUGAUAAGCAUCUGAGAGAUGUUCAGUCAAAAAACAAGUUUGAUCAUGUGGCGGCUCGGCCUGGCCUUCAUCCAGAUCGUAUCCCCUGCCUAGUUUCAUCACUUCUCAUAAAAAAAAAAAAAAAAAGAGAGAGAGAGAGAGAGAGUGAGCGCCUUAAAAGGUUGACGGAGAGAAACAGAGACACACAGAGAGGGAGAAAGUGAUUGAGGGAGUCGGGGAAGUUGAGCAUUUCCCGUAAUCACAUCAUGAAGGCGGCGUUGUCCUUCUCUUCCUGUUUUCUCUCGUGUCUCAGACACAGUCCAGGUGACAUGAGCAGUGAGCACGCUGGAUCUCCUCUGUCGUUGCAGACACAGGGACAUCACUCUGCUUCGUCCAAGCCUCAAACUCUGUUUAGGAUGUCUGAGGGAGACAUUACAGUGCUAUCAUUCGGACCCACGUCUCUGGACCUGUCCAGGCAGGAGCAGAGGACACUGACCAGACUGUACAGCCAGAACGGAGGAUAUCACCUGAGGAUUUUACCAGAUGGGACUGUGAGCGGUGGCAGGCAGGAAAAUGACCCCUAUGAUAUCCUCAGGCUGAAGGCUGUGAGUGUGGGAGUGGUGGUCAUCAAAGGCGAGAUGACAGGGAGGUACCUGGCUAUGAACAAAAAUGGACGCCUCUACGGAUCACAAGUACUGAACGAUGAGUGUUACUUCCUGGAGAAGUAUGAAGAAAACCACUACAACACAUAUUGCUCUCAAAAGUACAACUGGUAUGUUGCGCUGAAGAGAAACGGCCAACCCAAAGCGGGACCCGACACCCACCAGGGUCAGAAGGCCAUCUUUUUCCUGCCAAGGCCUGCAGGCAACAUGUAAAGCAACACGGCACCAGGAACCAUGGACACGCUCACUGACGUCUUUAAAUGCACAUUAAUGGCACAUUUUUACACCGGGCAAGGAACCUAAUUUAAAGGUCACUUAAAAUUAGAGCGGAAGAGCCAGAGGCAAACACAUAAUUCUGUUUUUACAGUUAGUUUGAGCUCUGUUUUAAUGUUAAUAACCUAAAUGUUUAUUUCCUCUUGUUUAUGCAGAGAAUUCCAGCUCAUGAAAGCAGCUUAGACGAUCAUCAGAUAGAUAUGAGUUGAUAUUUUCAAUACUUUGUCUAUAUGUACAUAUAAAGCCUCUCACUACAGACA